AACGCGAAACUUCGGCCUCCUCGGAUGAUUAAUUUAAAUUGACCACAAUUUGACGUUGAAUCCCUUUGCUCCUCUCCGGCAAAACCCAGCUCCCCUGUACCUCUCCGGAACUCGAAUCCUUUCCAAUGUCUAAAUUACCCGUCUUUAUUUCUUCGUGGGCUUUCUUCUCUCUUUUCCUUUCUGUCCACUCCCAACAUGAAAGAUUCGUCUACACCAAAUUCAGGAGAAGUGAAGGCAUUGGCGCGGACGCCGACGGAAGCAGCCUUAGCCUGAAUGCAGUGGUGGAGAUCCAUGGCACCGGACUUCUGCAGCUGACGAAAGAGACGAGCCGUCUCAUCGGCCACGCCUUCUACCGCACCCCUCUCCAAUUCAAGGACACGGUCGACGGCGCUGUCCACUCCUUCUCAACCACCUUCGCCUUCGCCAUCGUCCCCGACUACCCCCAGCUCGGCGGCCACGGCUUCGCCUUCGUCAUCGCCCCUUCCAUAGAGCUCACCGGUGCUCUGCCCAGCCAAUACCUCGGCCUCCUCAACGCCAGCAACGUGGGCAACUUCACCAACCACAUCUUCGCCGUGGAGUUCGACACCGUCCAGGACUUCGAGUUCGGCGACAUCAACGACAACCACAUCGGGAUCGACAUCAAUAACCUGGUGUCCAACGCCUCUGUGUCCGCCGCCUACUACAGCGACGAUGGCAAGAUGAACGAGCUCAAUCUCAAGAGCGGCCAAAACAUCCAGGCGUGGGUCGACUACGACGGCUUUGGAAAGGUCCUCAAUGUCACGGUCUCCCCUUGCUCCUCCAAACCUCCAAGGCCAGUGCUAUCCUUUCCCCUCGAUCUGUCUCCGAUUCUCCAUGACCAGAUGUUUGUAGGCUUUUCGGCCUCCACUGGGUUGUUGGCGAGCUCCCAUUACCUCUUGGGUUGGAGCUUCGCAAUGAAUGGUGUUGCUCCAUCCCUCAACCUCACCGACGUCCCCUCCUUCCCAUCACAACACAAGAAGAAAAACACCACCUUUAUCAUCAUCGCCGCCGUCGGUGCCGUCCUGCUCCUGAUCGCCGCCAUUGCCGCAGCCUCCUUCCUCUUUUACAGGUUUAAGAACGCCGACGUGAUCGAGCCCUGGGAGCUGGAGUGCGGUCCGCAUCGGUUCUCCUACAAGGAACUGAAAAACGCCACCAAGGGCUUCCGGGACCGGGAGCUCCUGGGCUUCGGCGGUUUCGGGAAGGUCUACAAGGGAACCCUUCCGGGCUCGGGCUCUGAUGUCGCGGUAAAACGAAUCUCUAACGAAUCGAGGCAGGGUAUCCGGGAAUUCGUGGCUGAGAUCGCCAGCAUCGGGCGGCUCCGCCACCGGAACUUGGUGCAGCUCCAGGGCUGGUGCCGGCGUCGGGCCGACCUUCUACUCGUCUACGACUACAUGCCCAAUGGUAGCUUGGACAAAUUCCUAUUUUCGGAUGAAUCCGGGCCUUCCCGACCGCUGCUGUCGUGGGCCCAGCGGUUCCGGAUCCUCCGCGGCGUGGCCUCCGCCUUGCUCUACCUCCACGAGGAGUGGGAACACGUGGUGAUCCACCGCGACGUCAAGGCCAGCAACGUCCUCCUCGACGGCGAAUUCAACGGCCGCCUCGGCGACUUCGGGCUGGCCAAGAUCUACGAGCACGGGGCCGACCCCAGCACCACCCGGGUGGCGGGCACCCUGGGCUACCUGGCUCCCGAGCUCACCCGGACCGGGAAGGCCACCACCGGCUCUGACGUGUUCUCCUUCGGCGCUCUGGCUCUUGGGGUGGUCUGCGGCCGGCGGCCUGUCGAGUCCAAGGCCGCGCCAGAGGAGAUGAUCCUGGUGGACUGGGUCUGGGAGCAGUGGAACGCUGGCCGGUGGGCUGAGGUGGUGGAUCCCAGUCUGGGUGGUGACUACGAGAGGGAGGAGGUCGAAGUCAUCGUCAAGGUAGGGCUGAUGUGCUCCCACCUGGAGCCAGCGGUGCGGCCCACCAUGAGGGAUGUGGUAAGGUACCUAGACGGCGGCGACGCGGCUGAGGUGCCGGACGUGCCAAGCCCACCGGCCGACUACGAGGGGGUAGGCUUCGAUGCCUGUUCACCGUCGAGAGUCUCAGAGUGCUCUAUCGCCAUCGGCGAGGAACGGACCGGUUUGGUGAGUGGGUCCGGUUUGCCAGGCUCCACGUCCGGGGUUCCCACAGAGGAGGACUCUGCGAGCUGGAAUUGUGAUUUAGUGUGCGGACAGCUGGAAGAUGCCGGUCCGUAGACGCGGUCUUCGGACUUCCGCAAAGCAACCCAAGUGCAUCCCUACACAUCGAUAGUCUGGUUAGGAAAACCUGGGUUUGUAGCCGCGGUCAAUCAGUCGGGAACCGUCCCGGUUCUAGUAUGGAUGGACAGGAUUGAUCCUCUAGGGUACAUUAAUAAUACCAUUUUCUUAAAGUGAAGUUUCCUGUGACAAUUGCUGUGAUCCUUCCUCAACAUUUUUUUUUUUUUGAAAGAAAAUAGAGUCUCAUUCUGAUCGUUCACUAUA